AUAAAAAGAUGACACCCAAUCUACAUUAUUCAUCUCAGUUGCAUACCUGUUUUAAAAAAAACUGUUCAUUCACCAUAUAACCCCUAAAGCUAUCACUGUGUUUUUCAAGCUACUGUAGGCCAACUGUACUACUGUAGACGACUGAAGCUAGGAGGGGUGGGAGGUUUGCCACCACCCCCCUUUCGGUUCCAUUUGUUUUAAAGUUGCUACUUCACAUCAUUUAAAUCCCGACUGUUGAAGUCUCUCCAUAUGUUUUAUUACAAAAUUUGAAUUUGUAGUGGUUAGCAACAGAAACUUGUAUGGCUGAAGUGACAACGGAGAUGCAAUUUUCUUUACCUUGUAAGGUAGUGGUAAUGGAAGAGGGAUGCUCAAAAACAAAAAUGCAGAAAUCUCUAAUGUGAAAUAACCAAAACUGUUCUAACUUUGGUAGAAAAUUGCGUGUUCAUGUAGGACCCCAUCACUAAUAGUAAGAAGCUGAUUAAAAAAGUAGGGUUUCAGGGCCUUUAAGGAUUUAUCAACAAAACUAAAGUGCAUUGAAGUGGUCAGAAAACUUGUAUUUCUACAAUACCAGCUGCAGAUGAGGAUCAUAUGAUAUGAUUGAAAGCUCCAGAAGAGCUACUGAAUGGUGAGAUUUUUCGCUCAACUGCUGUUUCCAAAGUCAAGACUCAGUUCUAGAAGUAACUCUUCCUCAGCAUUAAAAUCCAAACAUAAACAACAACAACCAAUUUGACUGAGAGCCUGGCAACAAACAUUUGUUUUCAUUUAAAAUACACUUUAUGCUUCAGUCAUCUAGCUACUUCCUUACUACAAUAUCUUUGUUCAGUCAACAUGAGGGGCAGACCCAAGAGAAGAAACAAGAAAGAGCAGCAUAGUAAUGCUGGCAAACAACACAAGCCACAUGCAUGCAGAGCAGCUGUAGACGCCGAGGUGCUUGCACUUAGACAAGCCCUUCAAUCAGCUAAGAAAACCAACCAGAAGCUGGCCUCCUUAAACACCAAUCUGAGGAAGCAGGUUAAGGAAUUCACGCGCAUGGAGAUCAGCUGGGUAGAGGAGAAGGGGAAACUCGUGCAUGAAAACAGAAGUAUACAGAGGACACUCGGGAGGAAAUACAUCCACGCUAGAAAUGAGAUCUCCAGGUUGGAGGGGAUUUUGAAGGUUGCUGAAACCAACAAAGCUUUCAGGAAGAAAGACAAUAAAAGGCCCCAAGCUGCCUUGAAUGAAAUCAAGGCAGAGGGGGACAGGUGGGGGCUUAGAGAGGAAGAAAUAACCACAGAGCUUAAAGAAAUGCGUGAGAAGUGCCAGGAGCAGGAAGAGGUAAUAAUGAAAAAGGAAAAACUGAUCACCAGGUUCCGGAGUGAAAUGCUGGAUCUCGCAAAGGAGCAUUUACAGACUGUGAUCAAAAUGAGCCAGAACGAAGACGCACAUGAUCAGAGCGAGGGACAGUGGGAAAUAAAAUGUGAGGCCCUGGAGGUCAGGCUCAAGGAGGCUGAAAGGGAGAAGACAGACAAGGAGCAUGAUGACUCAAAAAAGAAGAACAGGCUAUUCUGUUUCCAGGGAAGGAAGAAGAAGAUUUGAGACAGGGACAGCGAGGACAAACACGCUGCUGUUUGAUAUGAGUAUCGCUCAUAGCAAUACCCCUCUUCCUCUCCUUCAUCUCAGUUUUUUUAUAUAGCUCAGCCUCAUAAGAAAUAAAAUGAUACUAGUUUAUGAUGAA